UAUUUGGAGCUUCAUACCGAACGGAACGUCCACAUAACCCGAGUUGAAGCUAAAGAGGCCUAGCAAGCUUCCGUCACCCCCAUCACAUUCAAGAUGUCAAGCAGUGCCGGGUAUGACAGGCAUAUUACCAUUUUCUCCGACCAAGGUCGACUCUACCAAGUCGAAUAUGCAUUUAAGGCGAUCACCGCGGCCAACAUAACCUCCGUCGGGGUUCGAGGAAAGGACUGCGCCGUCGUGUUGUCACAAAAGAAGGUCCCGGAUAAACUCAUUGACCCGAGCUCCGUGUCCUACAUCUACAAACUAUCAUCGUCAGUCGGCUGCGUGAUGACCGGCUCCAUCGCCGAUGCUCGAGCAUCGGUCAAUCGCGCCAGGUCCGAGGCGGCCGAGUUCCGCUAUAAGUAUGGAUACGAGAUGCCAUGCGACGUUCUCGCGAAGAGGCUAGCGAACAUCAAUCAGGUCUACACACAACGGGCAUACAUGCGCCCUCUUGGCGUGGCUAUCACGCUAAUAUCGGUUGAUUCUGAAAAUGGGCCGCAGCUGUACAAAUGCGACCCCGCUGGGUACUACGUCGGUUAUAAGGCGACCGCCUCAGGCCCGAAAAUGCAGGAAGCAUUGAAUUUCCUGGAGAAGAAACUGAAGAACAAGGACGGCGCGGAGGGAGAUUGGAAGGAGGUCGUUGAGCUAGGCAUCACGGCCUUGAGCACCGUUCUCAGCGUCGACUUCAAGAAGGGCGAACUCGAAGUAGGAAUUGUGGGCGGACCGCGUGUGGACGGGGAGGGGACCGACACACAGUUCAGGCCACUGACGGAGGAGGAGAUUGACGAACGACUCCAGGCCAUUGCGGAUAAGGAUUAGGGUGGCGCCGUGGCAGUGCUUGGAUUCCGUUCCGUAUCCAUGGUACGUCGUGCCUGACCAAAGCGCUUUGCAGCGACGACAUGACCUACCGAGGAGAUCUUUCUUUAGCGUUGCCGUCGAACAGCUACGUAUCCACAGAAGGACAGGGGCUCAGCGGAAUCGACGCUGGGUGUUUUAUCCAAUCAAGGUGUUCAGGAUAUCAGCCUUUCUUUCACCCGAUCCAUACGACUUAGAUACGGGGUUACGGUGACAUUUGAUUCAGCCGCAUGCUUCCACUGGGUAUGUACACUACGUAGAAGUCACGCUAGCAAGACACAAAGUUAACGGCUCGGCUCUGGUCAAUUUAUAUUGCUCGGGUUCUAAUUGGACAAUCGGAUUAACAUCUCCAGGGCUACG